AGAGCACGCAGUGGCACAGCCCGAGAAGCCAUUUGCCAUGUGUCCUCGCUGCACCCACAUGUGCUCCUUCUACACCACAAACACAGAGGCCCUCUUUGCACCAAUAGCCAUGGAUUCUGAUCCCAGGUUUCCGAUCAGAAACUCCAGGAGCCAUUAGAUCUCCGACGGACGGCACGGAUUGCUCUACCCUUCGCAUUUCCGGUGCACAAUUCCCACCACGUAAAAGGAUGCAUGGCUGCAGACUGAAUCCUUCUUAAGCUGGAUUGAAGAAAAGAAGAACACAGAGGGAAAGCUUGUGGAGACGCUAUGCUCAGGCUGCAGGUUUCUGGUUGCGGAAUCAGGGACGGCGGAACGCAAAGAAUCAUUGGCCGCCGCCACCAGGGCCAGUUGGUGCUUGAAGCUUCGAGGCUGAAGUGGCCGUCAAGGUGGAGUCGCUUCUGCUGUACUGUCAGGGCCGUGAGGGAUGAUGCUGAAGGCGGCGCCGGCGGCUUUGCAGGGCAAAGCUGGGAUCCUGGCUUGGAGAUUGAAGUGCCCUUUGAGCAGAGACCUGUUAACGAGUAUGCUGCCUUGAAAACUAGUACUCUUUACUCCUGGGGAGAACUGAGUCCGGGGAACUUCUUCUUACGCCUUGGCAGCUUAUCGCUAGUAACAUUUACGGUUCUAGGAGCACCGAUAGCAGCUGCAAGCUUCAACCCUUCAAAGGAUCCACUAAAGUUUGUUCUUGCAGCUGGGACUGGAACUCUUCUUCUGGUGGCUCUGGUGGUACUGCGGAUUUAUCUGGGAUGGAGUUAUGUUGGCAACAGGCUAUUAUCAGCAGUGAUACCCUAUGAGGAAACCGGGUGGUAUGAUGGGCAAAUGUGGGUGAAACCACCUGAGGUAUUGGCUCGCGAUAGACUGUUGGGGUCUUAUAAGGUAAAACCAGUGAUUAAGUUGUUGAAACAAACAUUAGUUGGGACAGGAGCUUUGCUUGUUAGUGCUGUGUCACUGUUCAUAUUUGCUGCUCCAGUGGAAGACUUCCUGCAUUCAGCUUUCAGAUCAAAUGACAAUAAUUUGAACUCUGCAACUUCACAGAUCAAACCUAAUCUGAGGAAAGAAGAGCUUCUUAGAUUACCAAUAGAGGUGAAGGAUGAUGAUGACCUUGCAGCUGCUGCGGCUGAGGCAGCAGAUGGAAGGCCAGUCUACUGCAGAGAUCGGUUUUAUCGUGCCUUAGCAGGUGGACAGUACUGCAAAUGGGAUGAUUUGCUGAAUUAACACAUGAAGAGAGCCUGAAGUUUCUGCCAUUUCUCUGUGCCAAAGCAACUACAGAAGUAAUAGUUUCUGGUUUUGCUUGCCAUAUUGGUGUAAUGCUGCAGCUUUUACUCCCAAGUAGAUAAAAUUGUCAAGCCUAGUGAAUCUGAAAGUAUCACAUCCGAUUAAAUAGCAAUUUCAACUGCAUCUUUUUCUGUGAUUUA